UUUUUUUUUUUUUCUAUACCUUUAUGACCACUAAUGAAUUUGGCAAAUUAUAUUCAUUAAAGUCUACUAUUAUACCAUCUUCAAAGAAUCACGAUACCAUGUUCUUUGUUAAAGAUAAUGAUACUCUAUAUCCCUCCUUUAUUGGUACCUCCAACGCGCGUCUACUAUUUCAAACUGAUGAAGCACAUUUCGAGCAGAAACUUACCAGGGAACAGUAUGACCCAAUGGAUAUACACCUAAACUUUCCAAACUCAAUACAGCAGGAUGAAGAUAAUAUCCAAGAAGAAACACUACGUAAGCUAGAUGUUUCAACUAUACCCACCAUUCAUGAAAUUCUAGCAACUCCAACACAAAAACCAUCCUCAACAUCAGCCUCUUCUUCAAGAAACUUGUCUUUAACCCCUUCUUACCAUCCACCUCAAGGUAGUCAGCAACAAUGUCAAGUGGCCACCAUUCCAGUCACAGCUGAUGCUUCCACCAACGAUCUUCCCAUACACAAAGAUACCAUAUUGAAAACAGGCCAAUUAUUAUGUUGUAAAACAAGCAUUUGGUAUACCAGUAGACAACAACGAGAUUUGAAUCGAUAUCAGCGACGUUUUGGACGACAGCAACAACAGCAACAACAACAACAGCAAAGAGCAGUACAACGGCAAGAAACUAGACUUGCAUGGCGUGAAUUUAGAGCUGUAUUGAAACCCGAUUGUCUGGAACUAUAUCUUGUAUCACCAUUACUCUUGCACGGUCCUCGAUUAGCUCAUACCAUUCAAUUUUCAUACACGAAGAAACCACUCAGAAUCAAUACCAACAAAAGUAUAAAAUGGUGGCAACCUACGUUAUCCUCUAAGUCUUCUCAUCUUAACUCUUGGCAAUUUCAAAAACAACAACACAAAGAACGAUAUCAUUCACAGACAAGUAGGGCCAAACUAUCUCUAGCUUCCAUGGCUGAUUAUACCAUACGACUCGAAUACCAAAACAAAACUGGUGGCACAACUGUAUUUUUACUGCAAGCACCUACAUCCAUUGAAUCUCAAGCAUGGUAUAUGGCUCUUUAUAAACAAAUUCCCAUGGUAAGCAUGAAUUUUGCAGCAACACAUACGCCACAACAUAAUGUCAAUCAUCAACAGCACCACAAUCAAAAACAUAAUCAGCAACUCACUCAGCUUUAUUCUCAUCAACACAUCAGCAGCAAAAAGUCGAUCCCACCUUUUCUGGAUGUGAUUAUUCCAUGUCUUCAAGAAAAGGAUGAUUAUGGUGAUACAAUUACUCCCACUUUUGUCCGCGUGCCUCUGACUUCUGUGAUGGAUCAAGGUGCUCGAUGUGUGAUACGUGCGAAUGAUCUCAAGCACUGCCUCUUCAAAAUGUUGAAUGAUGCCAAGAUUCAAAAAGGGUGCAAGUAUAAACUCAUGGCUCCUGAAAUGAUGUCAUUGUGUUGGCGACUUGGUCAUCGUAUCGAAUGGAUUUCUGAUUCGGCUUCUUUGAUUUGUCCACAGCUUAUAGAAAAGCAACAUUCUUUGGAAUUACGCAGUAUGUCUCCUGAUCAAGUAUUAGAGUCACCAUUGUCUAUGGAAGGUUUUUUAUUGCAAUCGACAAAUGAUAAAGGUCAAUUCAAGCACAAGCACCAACAAUCACAGAUGUAUGCUCUGAUGGAGGGUCACUAUCUCUUCCUUAUUGAUCCUUCAAAAGCCGUACUUCCUAAUCAACAAGAAAAUCAAAAACGUGGAUGGAGUUUGAACUGGUUAUCCGCUGCUACUUUGAUGAACCUUUAUCCUCGACGAUAUGGUAACGGUGGACAACAAAGACGACAACAACGGCAGCAUCAACAACAGGAUAAUGGAGAAAAGAGCAAUCAACAUCACUUCUUUCAAUCUAUGCCAGGAUUCUUUACAAAACAAUCAUCAUCUUCACAGCAUGGUCCAAGAUCGUCCUUUUUCUUCCACCAUUCUAACAAAAAUACGUCAAAUGAGAAGUCAGGGAACCGAUAUGGAAAAGGCAAAGUUAUCAAAGGAACAGCAGCAGCUGUAACCAACAAUCGCGAUGAUAAUGGUGAUCCUGAUAGUGUUGAUAUGGACAAUGAUAUGGAACUUCAACAGGAAGCAACAAGAAUAGCGGAUAUGUUACGACGUGCUGGACAGGUUGGGUAUGCGUAUGCAGUUAUUGAUCUCAGCUUGGUCGAUCGUGUACAACCUGUUCGGAUCAAAAACAACAACAACAACAACAACAACAACAAUAAGGAACCUGGGUCUUCAGCGACAACUCCUCCUUCAAGGACCGGCACAUCAACUCCUUCGUCACCUUCCUCUCUUCAACAUCGUACUUUUUCAGCCCUUUCUUCAUCCUCUUCUUCUAAUCAACUACUAAAAACAGAACUCUGCAAACGACAAAAACGACUAUUUGAACUCGUGAUGAAUGACAAUUCGACUAGACUUCAAUUUGAGGCGACAUCAGCACAAGCAAUGUUUGAAUGGGUACGCAGAUUACGCAGAGGGAUCACUUAUGGAAAAGAAUGUCAAUCCAAAGGUAUUGUACUGUCUCAAGCAAUAUCAAGUCUAUGGUACAGACACAUCCACAAAACCAUUCUGCAAUCUGGUGUACUUUAUGUUAGAAAGAAUACGCAAAAUACAUUCCGACGGUACCUCUGUGUACUAUCAAGAGGACGUGGCUUACUAUUAUAUCGGUACAAUCGACAUGGUAUAAUGACAAAGAGACGUACAAUUCGAUUACAGCGCCAACAAAACAACAACAGUAGUACGCGGGCUACCUAUGUCUAUGGUGUGGAUCAUCCAUCAGACCUGAAAUCGAACGAUGGACCAACAGCAAUGAUGACCUUGGAUGGGGAACGAUCAAGAAAUGAAGGAAUUUAUCAAUCUGCUUUUGUGGUGUGGCAACGUUACUCUCUUUCCAAGAAUCAUUGGAUCAUGCAAAUCAAAGAACAUAUUAGUUUGUUGAAACUGGGACAUCGACUUGGAAGAAAAGGUCAUAGUUUUGUAUUUCUGGCGUCCAAUAUGGAAGAAAAAGAAGCUUGGCUAUGGGCGUUACAACAAGAACUCUCUAGUUAAUUAGAUCACUUUACGAUAGUUCUCCAUUUUAUUUAUUUAUUUAUCUAUUUUGUACAUAAUGUAGACUUUCUUUUACUCUUUAUCAUGGACUAUUGAGUAAUAAACUAAAUCUUUUUUUUUUC